AGUAGAGAGUAGAAUGCGGUAGCGAUGUGCAGAUUGGUCCAUGCUGAAUUUGUUGGUUAAGAACUUUUGAUAUCGUUAUAGAUGAAUAAUGGAUCCUCGUGGAAACCCCAGAUUAAUGGGACAGAUGAGAUUUCCGUGUGGUAUGGGAAACAAUAUUUCUCCCCGGAUGCCACAACAACAGGGUAUGUUUCCAAAUGGGAGUCCAUUACUACAGAAUCAAUCGCCAAACCUUUUAGCACAGAUGUCGCCUGGUCUUCGACUUCCAAUGGGUUGUCCCGCAGGCAUGACUGGACCUCCCCCAACAAUGAGGUUGUUCAACCCAUUAGGCAAUGUUCCAAUCUCUGUUCCUGGUCAGAUUCAGCCAUUAUGGGGGACAGGAGCCUUAUCAGGGAUGCAACGUCCUAAUCCUAUGGCUGCUCAAGGGCAAAUGAUGUCAGGAAACAUGAACCUUGGAAAUGUUCCAUCUCUAAAUUUGAUGGGUGCAGCACCCAAUGUACCUUCCCAACACGACCAGCUGGCAUUUAGUCCAACAGCUGUCAAUUUACAGAUACCACAACAAGGUGGCAUGGGAUUUAUGAAUGGUGGUCAGAUGAGAUCUCCAGUUUAUCAGAACAUGAAUCAGUCACAGUUGGGCAUAGCGGGUAACAUGGGACAAGGUCAGAACCAACUUACUCAAAACUGUAAUAAUACAAACAUAGGGGAAUGGACAGAAGAAAGCUGCCAGUCCUCUUUAAGGUCCAAAAAUUACAGGGACAGAGAUGGAAGACAGAGAGAUCACAGUAGAGGUGAAGACAGAGAAGAGAGGUCAAACUCUAGACGUAACAGAGACGGUGAAAGGUCACAACGCUCUGACUGCAGUGAUCAGGCCAGAUAUCGUGGCAGGAGCAUGUCCCGGGACAGAGGUGGGGACAGAAAGGGGGAUUCACGUCCUCGAGAUAGAGAUUCAGCAGAGUCAAGGAAAUCUAGGCGUGAGUCCUCAGGCCGGUCAGACUCGCGAAGGAGGGAUAGCUCAAGAUCUAGAGAUAGAAGAAGUCCAAGGGAUGAUAAUCAACGAAAAAGAAGUCCAAGAGAUGAUAACCAGCGAAAAAGAAGUCCAAAAGACGAUAGCCAGAUUAGAAAUAAUUCUAGGGGAUUUGGAGGUAAUAAUAGAAGAUAUAAUUCAAGAGGAAAUGUAUCAAGGGGAAACAACUCCAGAUCUGGUGACUCAAGAAGAGUAAAUUCUAGUGAAAGUCCACGAAGGGGAGAUCGUCGUGAGGAUAAACCACAAAGUAACUGUGAUGAUGAAGAUGAAAUGAAAGGAACCAAGAGACGAAACACUGAGGAAUCUCACUGCAGCGACUUAAAAAGAAAACGGACAGUCAGUCCAAAAUCCACCCCAAAGCAAGAAGAGGAAGAGCCGUCGGAUGGGGACAUUGAGACAGAGAGCCAGGCUGAAGCUUUGGAACCCAGAGAUGUAUUCACACCCGCAUGGAUCAGGUGUUCUCCAGCUGAUCUCUACUUUACCAGGAGCACAGAUUCAGGCUGUGUGGAAAGUACAAAGAGAAUGACUGACUUAGAGGCCAAGUUUGACCUGGAGUUGCUUCAGCGAGCCAAGUUGAUCAAGGAAGCUCAGCCAGUUGUAGAGAUUCCUCCACGACCAUCAGUCCUACAUGGUCACAUCCACCAUCACCAUGAUCACUCUGAAUCAGACAGCAGUACCAGUAGCAGCUCGGAUUCUGAUGAUAAUGAGGAUGAGGAAAACAAAUGGAUGGAGGAGCUCAACAGGAAGAAGAAUCAUCCUUACAGACUUCAUGAGGAACUCUGGUACAAUGACCCAGGGGAGAUGAAUGAUGGUCCUGUCUGUCGCUGUAGUUUGAAAUCCAGAAGAACAGGAAUUCGUCAUGACAAAUAUCCUGGAGAGGAAUCUUACAAUAUGUGUGAUCCUGUGUCAAACAACAGAACAACAUUGUACCACUACGUCAUCACCAUGUCUCCGCCAACAAACUUUCUGACUCGCAGCCCAACCAUUAUAGAGCAUGAUAAUCAUGAAUAUAUAUUUGAAGGAUUUUCAUUAUUUUCUCACUACAAGCUUGAAAAUAUUCCAGUGUGUAAAGUGAUCAGGUUCAACAUUAACUAUACAAUCCACAUAUUCGAGGAGACUGUUCCCGAGAACUUUUCGAUACGAAGCCUGGACCUCUUUUCCCAGUUCCUGUUCACGGAAAUUCUGGAGCUGGUAGAUUUAGAUUGGAAGGGACCCGGAGGGGAAGAAUCGUGUCCACGUUUUCACCUCAUGCCGAGAUUUGCUCGAAGUCUACCAGAAAAUGGUAAAGAAAUACUAUCGAUGAAUGAAGUGUUGUUAUAUUUGCUGCGGUGCUCCAAACCACUGCUGGAGGAGACAGAACUUGCUCAGAUGUUGAAAACUGAUCAGCAUGAAUGGCAGAAUUUCCUGGAUGAAAUACGAGGAAUGGUGGUGACCUAUCCAGGAAUGAAACCGAGCUCCCUUAGGAUUGACCAGCUUGACAGACAACAGUCAGAGACGGACGUCAUCACAUAUCCCCUCAUCAUCCACUUUGGUAUACGUCCUGCACAGCUGAGCUAUGCUGGAGAUCCCUACUACCAGAAAACAUGGAAGCAGUAUGUGAAGUUUAAACACCUCCUAAACAGUAAACCCAAGGUGACCUUCUCAGACAAACAGAGGCUGGAGCAGAAGGAGAGUUACCUACAGGAGCUCCGCACCAAGAGCACCAUGAAGAGAGAAGUUACCGUGGAGAUCAGUAGCGAGGGUUUCCUAAGGACAGGAAUCAAGUCAGACAUUACCCAGCAUGCCAUGCUGAUUCCAGUGUUACUUGGCCACCUACGCUUCCACCAGUGUCUGUCUGUACUGGAGAAAACACUCGACUACAAGUUCAACGACCGAUCACUGUUACAGUUGGCUUUAACCCACACUUCUUACAAAGUCAACUAUGGCACUAACCCUGACCACGCCCGUAACUCCUUAUCUAACUGUGGGAGGAGGCAGUUAGAGUAUGGUGAUCGCAAAAUCCACUACGCCCAUACACGAAAACGGGGUAUAAACAUCCUCUUAAACAUCAUGUCACGGAUGGGUAACAAAGAUGAGUUGUCAUCAGAGAUUCCACACAACGAAAGACUCGAGUUCCUCGGGGAUGCUGUCGUAGAGUUCAUCACAAGUGUCCACUUAUUCUACAUGUUUCCCUGGCUGGAGGAAGGCGGACUGACCACCUACAGGGCGGCCAUCGUUCAGAAUCAACAGCUUGCUGUUCUGGCAAAGAAACUCGCCCUACAGAACUUCAUGCUGUACGCCCACGGUCCAGACCUCUGUCACGAGUCCGACCUUAAACAUGCCAUGGCAAACUGUUUUGAAGCUCUUAUGGGUGCUUUGUUUAUAGACAACGGUAUAGAGCUAGCUGGUCGUAUUUUCUGUCAGACGCUGUUUGAUGAUGACAGACUUGUGAAGACAUGGCGAGAGCUGGCACUACACCCUCUCCAGGAGGAGGAGCCCAACGGAGAUCGGCAGUGGGUGGAGUCUAGUCCGGCAUUACAGAAAAUGUUGAAUUUCGAGCAGGCAACUGGGAUAACAUUUAAUCAUAUACGGCUGCUGGCCAAAGCGUUCACCCUGCGGAGUGUAGGCUAUAACAACCUUACAUUGGGUCACAACCAGAGGCUAGAGUUUCUCGGGGACACAGUUCUACAGCUGGUGGCAUCACAGUACUUGUUCCGACAUUUCCCUGACCAUCACGAAGGCCAUCUCUCAUUACUAAGGAGUUCAUUGGUGAAUAACCGGACACAAUCUAUUGUGUGUGACGACCUCAACAUGUCUGAGUAUGCCAUAUUUGCUGAAACCAGGGGAGAUAAGCUGGAUAUGAAAACAAAGGAAAAGGCUGAUCUUCUGGAAGCGUUCAUUGGAGCGUUAUUUGUGGACAAAGGUAUCGACUACUGUAACAUCUUCUGUAACGUCUGUUUCUUUCCUCGACUCAAGGACUUUAUCAUGAACCAGGACUGGAAUGAUCCCAAGUCUCAGCUCCAACAAUGCUGUCUCACCCUUAGGGAGCUGGACGGGGGUGAGCCUGACAUCCCCCUAUACAGGAUGAUAGAGGCAUUUGGACCAACCAACACUCGAGAGUACACAGUGGCUGUGUAUUUCAGGGACGAGAGAUUAGCCAAAGGGAUGGGCCACAGUAUACAACAGGCAGAAAUGGCCGCCGCCAGGAACGCACUCAAAGAGAGAUCAGAAUUAUUCCCUAUACUUGCUCACCAAAAAAGAUUCCUUGAAAAGAAGCAGAAGAAGAGAAAGCAUGUCCGUAAACAAAGAGGAGGAGAAAGGAACAUUGGGGAAAGAGGGGGCGGGUCCUCCUCAGGGUAUGGCCCCUCCCCCAGUAAGUCAGUAGAGAACCAGAGGAGACCAGGUAGACGAGGACGUUGAUAGUUACUGGAUGGUGGAGCUUCUAUUUAUCUAAUUCAGCUGUGGUGGACCUUUGUCCAAUACCAGAAAAAGUUACUGGAUGGUGGAGCUUCUAUUUAUCUAAUUCAGCUGUGGUGGACCUUUGUCCAAUACCAGAAAAAGUUACUGGAUGGUGGAGCUUCUAUUUAUCUAAUUCAGCUGUGGUGGACCUUUGUCCAAUACCAGAACAAUAUGCUCUCUUAAAAAACUGAUUUUGUUGAGUAUUGAAGAACCAUGUAAGAAAUCUUGGGAUCACAAACUGUCACUCUAGACCCCGAUCAGAGAUGGCUGUAGGGAGGCCAGACUCGGAUCAGAGAAGGCUGUAGGGAGGCCAGACUCGGAUCAGAGAAGGCUGUAGGGAGGCCAGACUCAGAUCAGAGAAGGCUGUAGGGAGGCCAGACUCGGAUCAGAGAAGGCUGUAGGGAGGCAGGGAAGCUGCUAGUACUGAUAGUACUGGUCAGUAAAAUACAUUUUUGUAGUCAUUUUUACCAGUAAAAUACAGAUUGAUUUUUGUAGUCAUUUUGACCAGGCCCUUUGUCUCUAUGUAGAACCAUGGUUGUCAACCAAAUAACCUACAGAAGGCUAUUAGUGUACUGUACUACGCGAGACACAGGGGGGAUUGUGUGAAAAUGGUUGGGAAUGCAUUUUUAACUUCCAUUCUUAUCUGAAACAGUCAGAACCAAGUCAGAUACAUUAGCUAGUCAGUAGUGAAUCAGUAAUACUAUAUAUGUACAGAAUAGUGCUUUAAGGUCAGGCCUUGUAACGUCAGAAUUAAACAUGAUUUUAUUGUUUUAACCAAUGAUUGAUGCCAUUCCCUGCCAAGUGUUUCCAUUCAGUGUUUAACAAACGACACACUAUGUACAGUACUUAGAUGUUUGAUAAAAUAUUCAUACUGUAUGUACAAUACAAGAUGAAAAGCUGGUUUUUAAUCCAAUUCAAAUAUGCAAAACUUCUUUAUGUAUAUCAUAUUCAAAGAAUGAAAUGAUGUUUAUGGACACGGGGAAUUCAGCAACGAGGGAAAUUUUAGAAAUAGUCUUUAGGAUAUGAAUAAAAAAAUAAUUUCUUUAAUGCAUGAUUCUUACAAAUUUUGCUGUUUUUCUUCAUACCCUAAUGAAUUUUUUUAGAAUUGCUCUCAACACUUUUAAGAAGUAAUUAUAUGUUGAUAAAUCGAAUCAAGACAAGAAAACUUAUUUUAAUACUUUGUAAAUGCUAUUAAUUAUGCUGAACAAAAACCCCAAAAAAACCCCAGUUUUUCUCAGAAAUUUCAAAAGAAAACUAUCUACCAAUCAAACUAUUACGUAGAUUAUCAGUACAAUGGAAAUACAUACAAAUUCCUAAAUAAUCACUGGUAGUAAAGAGGUACUGUUAUCUACUUCUCUAGUCUACACGAGAGCCUAGUCAAGGGGAAGCAACUCAUGUACAAAAUUGAUGACAUUCUUGUACAUUUGAUAUAUACAGUGUAACCUAGUAGAGACCUGUAUGUGAUUACUAGGAAUAUAAUAUCUAAAUACACAAUGUCUUUAUUUAUUUUUUUGUUACAUGUAUUUUGUUGUUUUAUGAAAUAAAACUCGAACAAGUGCUAAUACUUUACUAUCCUAUGACAAAUUCCAGAUAACUCCUUACAAUAUAUUGAGGAAAACGAGGUCUUAAAUAUUGCGCCAAAGUGUAUAAUCAUAAUUUAACAUUUCUAAUGUUGACUGUAUUCUAAGUUAAGAAUGAUAAUAGUUGUGGAUUUGUGAGCCAAUUCAAGUGUGGAAGUGAAAUCUAGAAGGAUGUGCUGGCAGUAAAGAGUGAUGAUAAUGUGCUUGUUUAUAUACACGAGGCGAUAAAUGUGCUCAAAGUUGUUUAGCCGAUGCUCUGUAUGUACACCUGAGGAAUGUAUGAUGAUCAAUUUAUAAAUAAAGAACUAAAAGUA